AUGACUUAUCACGAAAAGAAAGAAAGCAAAGGAAUUAAAUAUUCCUUAAUAAGCACCAUCAUGGUAAUCAUAUUCAUCAUCAUGAUGGCAAUGAACACUUUUGCUUACGGAAAAAAGGAAAUAUCAACCUCUUCAACACCAAAUACUAAUAUUUACUAUUCAUUAUUGAAUGAAAAUGGUUCGAUAUCGACUAAUGGAACCAUAACUCCAAAUCCUAGUACAGCAAUGGAUUGGUUCUGGGUUAUUGUCAAGUCAAUUUACUUUAAUGCAAUCAUGAGUGGAUUAUUUGCAGGUGCUGUUACAAUUUUUGUAACUGUAAUUAUUGAAAGAUUUGGACCUCAAAUUGGAGGAGUUAUUGCAACCUUGGUAAGUUUUAUAUGUGAAAUGGUUCCAAAACUAAUAUAUACGAAACAGCCAAGUGCUAUCGUUCCAGCUCUAAUUGGAUUUGCAUUCGAUGCCAAUAGAAAUUAUGAAACAGAUGAGGAAAAUAGAAGACACGUCCUAAUUCAACAAUUCUUCUCUGUUCCAAUUGCUGUUUUCUGCAAUAUCACCAUGAUGGUUGUGUGGAAAUAUGGUCCAACUUUGUUGAAUUGGAUUAUUUCCAAAAUUCACAACAAGAAACAACAUGUCAAUAAUAAGGAAACUUUUAAUUCUAGUGGACCAGCAGUAUCCCUGGAAGAUCACUUUAAGGAACAUCAUGAUGAUCAUUUGGAAUUGAAAGAAGUUGAUUUGAAUCAUGAUAAAGAAAAUCUGGUUGACCAAAAAGUGGAAGAAACAAAACCAAACAAGCACGAACUCUUGAAAAAGAUUGGAAAGAUGCUUAUUGUUUGUUUCCUUUCCUUAAUUGCUUGGUUUGUUGUAGCUGCAGUUUUUGUAGUUGUUACAAAAAUUGUAAAAUUAUCGGAUGACAUUUUGAUGGGUGUCAGUAUGGGUUUCUAUGGGUUGACCAUAAUUUCCAGUUUGAUUUUCAAUUGGAAACAGCCAACUACCAAACCAGGACCAGCCAAGAAAGUUGCUUGGUGGUUACUUUUGAGUAGAGGCAUUUUGGCAUGUGUCAUUAUCUGCAUUUCAGUUUUGAUGGGUGGCUUGAAAUUGACAUUUAUUUCUGGCAUGUUCUCAGUUUUUCCAGUAAUCUCACUUUCUUCCUUAAUUUCCUUAUGGUUAUCUCAAGGAGAAAUCCCAACCUCCAAUGCAUCUUCAACAAUGAUGGUUGGCAGUAAUAGUUUACCAAUUUUUGCUGCUGUCAUGUGUGUUUGUUUGUGGUAUAUGAAUAUUGCGUUGGCUUUCUUGGUUGGAUAUGUUGCUUCUGCGUUGGUUGCUGUGUUGUGUUAUGCUUAUUUGUGGUGGAGAAAGAAAGUUGCUCUCUCUUCUAUGGUUGAUGAAACGAAACUUGACGAAAGUAAACAUUAA